CACGUCGGUUAUAGCCGACGUACUUAUUUGUAUUUUUGCACAGUUGCAAAAAAAGUGUCAUUGCGUGAGGACGUAAUAUUUUUGAAAUGGAUCACGAAAAACAACAAGAACAUUUACAAAAAAUGUUUGAUGAGUGCUGUACCGACGAUUCGUCAGAAGAGGACCCGUAUCAAACUGACGGCGAUGGCGAUUCGGACUACGUCAUGGAAAAUUCACCAUCAAGUGACGACGACGUUGAUAGUGAUGAGGAAAGUGCAUGCAUUGGCAGCGAUGGUGAAGCCACUGACUCCGGAUCGGACGAUGUAGAAGCAGAUGAAAAUAUUGAUUCCGAAACGGACGAUGUAGAAGCAGAUGAAAAUGACAAGGAUUGGCAUGACACGGUUAGCGAUAUACCAAAUCUUAAUUUCGAUUCUACUUCGUCUGGUAUAAAAAUCGAAAUAAGUGACACAUCGUCUCCAAUUGAUGUCUUCAAUAAAGUAUUUAAUAACAACAUCAUGGAGCUACUUAUUAGCUGUACAAAUGGAUACGGACUUAAAUUAAGUAACCAGCAGAGAGGUAGCAGAUUCAAAAGGAUGAUGAAAUUUUCACCCGUUGUCCGUCCUGAAAUGUUAAAAUUUUUAGGUUUGUGUCUACUUCAAGGGCAAAUUAAAGUACCAAAGAUUCGUCAGUUAUUUUCGAAAUCUGCACUAUACUAUCACUCGGCAUUCUCUACGACAAUAUCCGGCAGAAGGUUCGAACAAAUCUUGAGAUGUCUUACUGCUAAUCAUUUGCGAGGCGAGUCACAUAUGACAAAAAUAUUUAAUUUCGUAAAAUUGAUAAAUCAGAGUUUUCAAGCUGCUUUCUGGCCGUCUGAGCAAAUUGUGCUAGAUGAAUCGUUGUUACUCCAUAAAGGUAGACUCGUUUUUCGUCAAUACAUUAAAUCGAAAAGGGCACGAUUUGGAAUCAAAUUCUUUCAACUAUGCGACUCAUCCAGCUAUGUUUUAAAUAUUGAAACUUAUAAAGGUAAACAACCAGAAAGGUUCAAAAAUCGACACAAUUGUUCAUCGACUUGUUACUUCAUACUUUGGGAAGGGUGAUGAUUUUUGGACAACUAUUAUAACAGUAUAAAUUUAUCUCAUGAUUUAUUGCUGCCCAAAACUCACACUACUGGAACGUUAAGAAGAAAUCGAAAAGGUAAUCCAAUUGAAGUGACAAAAAAGAAAUUAAAAACAGGUCAGUAUAUUUGGAAAAGACAAGGAAAGGUGUAUGUAUCAAAAUGGUACGACAAAAGAGAUGUCCUAUGUAUCACCACUGGCUACAGUCCACAGAUAGUUAUAACAAAGAACCGAUUUGGGGUAGAAAAGUCAAAACCACUUGAAAUUGUGAGAUAUAAUGAAUUUAUGGGUGGCGUUGAUCGCACUGAUCAAAUGAAUUCUUAUUAUUCAAGUCCUCGUAAGACGAUUCGGUGGUAUAAAAAGGUUAUAUUCCGAAUGCUAGAUUUGGCAGUACACAAUUCAUUUUUGUUGUACAAAAAAAGAUUUCCAGAAAAACCUAGUCGCAAACGUAGAUUGACAGUUCCAAUUCACAUUGAUCAUUUUUUGGAAAACAUACCCCGUAAAGGUACAAAAAACAAUAUAUUCGAUGUCCUCAAUGUUCUAAGAAUGGCGUUCGUAAGGAAACCAGUGUUCGAUGUGCUGACUGUGAAGUUAAACCUGGACUAUGUGUUGGCAAUUGUUUUACUGAUUGGCACCAACAACA